AUGGUUACAAUUCGAUACAUCGUUUCGACCAUCGCACUCAUCAGCCUCUUGCUAGCCAUCAGUGCAGCUGAAGGCGCAAGCACCUCGGAGUUGGAAAAAUCAACUUCCAUAGAACACUUCCUUCCAACAUUGAUCCCAUGCAAGCUGACUACCAAAGCUCCUUGUACUACAGCUCCCAACCCUACGACCCCUUGCACCACUAAGGCUCCUUGCACCACCAAGGCUCCUAGUAUCACCACCAAGGCUCCUAGCAUCACCACCAAGGCUCCUAGCACCACCAAGGCUCCUAGCACCACCAAGGUUCCUUGCACCACCAAAGCUCAUGGGACCACCAAACAUCCUAGCACUACCAAGGCUCAUGGGACCACCAAGUCUCCUAGCACCACAAAGGCUCAUGGGACCACCAAGUCUCCUAGCACCACCAAGGCUCAUGGGACCACCAAGCCUCCUAGCACCACCAAGGCUCAUGGGACCACCAAGCCUCCUAGCACCACCAAGGGUCAUGGGACCACCAAGUCUCCUAGCACCACCAAGGGUCAUGGGACCACCAAGUCUCCUAGCACCACCAAGGGUCAUGGGACCACCAAGUCUCCUAGCACCACCAAGGGUCAUGGGACCACAAAGGCUCCUGCUACCACCACCAAGCCUCCUUGCACCACCAAGGCUCCUGGGACCACCACCAAGCCGCCUUCUACCAUUACGGUCACUCCAGGGACUACCACAGAAGCACCUAGCUCCACCACCAAUGCGCCUGCUACUUCGACGGCGGCUCCCGGUACCACCACCA